CUUCUUUUCGCUUUUGUGGGAUUUAGGGUUUUAGCAAAGGUUUAGGUUUAGGGUUCUGGGAAGAUGUUGCGCAGGAACAUUAGAUUGAGAAGAGAGUACAUCUACAGAAAAAGCUUGGAGGGCAAAGAGCGUUUGCUUUACGAGAAAAAACGAAAAAUCAAAGAAGCCUUAGAAGAGGGGAAACCGAUUCCCACUGAGCUCAGGAAUGAAGAGGCCGCGCUUCGCCAAGAAAUUGACCUCGAAGACGAACAAACAGCUGUACCAAGGUCGCAUAUAGACGAUGAAUAUGCAAAUGCAACAGAAAAAGAUCCUAAAAUCUUGCUGACCACAUCCAGGAAUCCAAGUGCUCCUCUUACACAAUUUGUAAAGGAACUUAAGUUCGUAUUUCCUAAUGCGCAACGAAUGAAUCGUGGUGGUCAGGUUAUUUCUGAAAUUAUUGAAACUUGCAGGGCACAUGAUUUUACAGAUGUUGUGUUGGUUCAUGAGCAUCGUGGUGUGCCCGAUGGGAUAAUUAUAAGCCACCUACCUUUUGGUCCAACUGCUUACUUUGGUUUGCUCAAUGUGGUUACAAGACAUGACAUUAAGGACAAGAAAGCCAUUGGAAAAAUGUCCGAGGCUUACCCACACUUGAUACUAAACAACUUCUCAACCAAGCUUGGUGAAAGGACAGCAAACAUUUUAAAGCAUCUCUUUCCAGUGCCCAAGCCAGACACCAAACGGAUCAUCACAUUUGCGAAUCAGUCUGAUUAUAUCUCAUUCAGGCAUCAUGUCUAUGAAAAACGUGGAGGUCCCAAGUCGAUUGAGCUGAAGGAGGUUGGUCCUCGUUUUGAAUUGCGGCUUUAUCAGAUUAAGUUGGGAACAAUGGAUCAGAGUGAAGCCCAGAUUGAAUGGGUCAUCAGACCAUACAUGAACACGACAAAGAAACGGAAGUUUCUUGGGGAUUGAAUCAAACUGUAGAUCAACCGAAUUCAACUCUUAUUGCUAGAUCAAUUUUGUGAGGGCUAUCUUUUCGUCUAUUGGUGAGCUUGCCUGGGUCCAGUUGCAACUGAAACACGCUCAGAUCAAAUGUGCCUCCAUCACUCGAACCACUUGACAAAGAAAGACCCCGACAUCCUCUUGGGAGAAAUUAUGUAUCACAAUAUCACCAAAUUCAAACAAAACGAUGUUGUUCUGUUACUUGGUGAUGGGAGCCGUACGUUUUGUUCAUUGGGAAAUUUUUUUUUUUUUUCUUCUCCCUCAAAUUGAUUCAGAUAGUUUAUUGUUUAUUUUUCCAAUUUUGUUCUCUCUCCCUAUCAAAUUGAUACAGAUUUGACUGUUAAUCCCGUCUUCUCAGAACCAA